GUCCUUGUGAUGCACUGAGCUAAAUGAAGAUUUAACUUAGCAUGUUUUCCAAACUGGGAUUUGUGGUUAAGCUCUCUUCAGUAACCAUGAGCUGUAGCCAAGAACAAGUUGCUUUUCUCUUCCCAAGGCUUGCCGUGUUGUACAAACUAGACCUUGGUGCCUCCAUAUGUUAUGUAAGAUGUAGUAAGCGAGACUAAUCUCAGUCUGCAAUCCUUGGACUUGGAGGGAGGGAGAAUCUAUGACUCACUCAUAUCUUAUGAGAAGCAAUGUUGGAGGUACUUCUGUGUUGCUGUACACUGUGUUACUUUGGUCACAUCUAUAAAGAGGAACUUAGGGUUCCCAAACAACAUAGGCUGCGUAUAUACAAAAUUAUUUGUAGCACAAAGGUGUGGUUUUUCUCCAUCUGGAACCUUCAUGCUUAUCCUCAACAUGCUGUUUUCAAUCUAGAUCAACUCUAGCUCCUGCUGUCCACUAGGGUGUGUGUAGUUACUUUGAAAACACUUCCCUUGAACAGGUUAUCCACGCCUUUCCCUCUGUAUGUCCCAGGUCAACAAAGAAGGUGACUGUGAUCUUGAUAUACACCCACCAACGAAAUAAUUGAACUGGUGUGGAAUGGAUUCACUCCCUAUUGCUGGAACCACCUACCUACAUAUCUUUACAAAUGGGCACACUGUGCAGUAAUGCAGAAUCAAUUUUCUGAGAUCAUACAGAAUCAUGUUUUGGGCCCAAGUUGUGCAGGGCUUUGCAAAUCAGCACAAGAUUGGAAAGGCUUCUCCCUGAGCUGUCCAUGAUGUCAGUGGGUAAGGCAUUGUGAGCUCCCUGAGUGACCGGCUAUGAGACCAGGCUGGUUUCCUUCCUGAGCUAGCUGUGGUAUCCAGGCAGAAAGGGGCUAGUCAGUGGGACAGUCUUUAUGACUUCAGUGUCUCUAAGGCCAGGCAGGCUGACACCUGAUGUCAGUGGGCAAAGCUUUGUGACUUCACCUCUCCAGGCUGCAUCCCCACCCCACUCUGCUUGCCUGAACUGCCCAGGUAGAGACACUGGGCCCUGAGUAAGUAUCUAUAGGACCUGUCUGCAGAUAUGAUCUCCAGGCAGUAUGUGUGUGUGCGCGAGCAGGGGAGAAAGGGACAGAGAGAUGAUAGGUGGGGGGUGAGUAGGAGGAGGCGGGGGCAGUGGCUGGGGCGGCGCAUGCUUCUGCCUCCUGCUACCCUGGUCCUUAAGCUGAAUACAACUGUAUUCAGCCAUAAAAUGGAGUUCUCCUUCUCCUUUGCAAAUGAAGGGUCCAUAGGAAGGUAUGUAGAUGAAGCGGCAAAGCAUGCAACUGGGGCCAGGAAAAUCCCCCAGGCCAAUAUGUUCAGGGAGGGCCGUGUGAAAGGGAUUUGAGACCCUGUCAAUCGGUUUAGACAAUGGUGAGGUCUCUAUAGAGCACUGUUCUGUCUGAAGGGAAGGCAGCUUGAAAGGUGGCAGGUGAGGCUUAAUCAUAGGGAGGAGGUGUACGUAGGAAGGGUGAAAGUACCCAGGAGUGAGGGGAGGGGAAAUUUAAGGCUGGGGUGGCAGAUGCAAUUGAGUGGGGACUAAACUGAAGCCGCUGAAGGCAGGGGUCCCAUAGACAGAAAAGCUUAUGCCCAGGUUGCAGUGGCAGUAGGGUGAGGUAGGAAAAAAAGUGCCGGAACUGCCCCCCUGAGAACUUUGGACUUUCCACAAAGAUAUGUGUGUGUGUGUGUGUGUGUGUGUGUGUGUGUGUCACUUCAGUUUGGUGUCACUUCAGUUUCUUCAAGUAAAGGUUGGGAAGCUGAGGCCACAGAGUUCAACAGCACGGUUCCCAGUUUUUCUGGUGUGAGUUCGGCUCCCAGAGAAGCUAUACUCCUGGGAAACUCCCUCUGCCUCUCUCAUGAGUGCCUAAGAGUUAAAGCAGAAAGGAAUAGAAGCUUUAAAAAUGCUUACGUGUCCUGGUGCUUGCUCAAAAUGGCGCACAGAGUCUUUCUCUGCUCCACACCCGUUUUGAGUUGAGGCAGCAAGCUCAGCCCUGUGCUGCUCCUCUGAGAGCUGAGUUUCGGCUGGGGGAAAAGGCCUGGAAGUUCAUGACAUGUACUGACAUCCAAUGAAGCUGCUGAAAGAUUCAGGACAGAUUUUUUAAAAGUACUUAUUCAUGCAGUACAUAGUCAAAUGCAUAGGAAGCAGCGAUGGCCACCAACUUGGAUGGUUUUAAAAGAGGAUUAGACAGAUUAGAAGUAGUAUGCUUCUGAACAACAGACACUGGACACUGCAGUAAGGUAGAGUGCUCUUGUGCUCAGGUCCUGCUUAAAAGUUCCCAUAGGCAUCUGACUGGCCACUGUGAAAACAGGAUAUUGGACUAGAUGAGCCGUUGGCAGCCUCUUUUUAUGUUCUUAGCAUUCAAAGAACAGUUAAAAACAUUACCUCAAUUAGUGAUUUCAGGGUUGUCAGCCAUCAAAUGCCUGGGUAAAUAGAAAUGUUUUUAAAUCCCCCCUGAAAAACAAUUUAUAAGAAGCACAUAAAUACACUAUUACAACUUAAGAGGGCAGGUGUGCAACGCAUGCUGCUUUUUCAUUCCCCUUCUACACAAAAAAGUUCAAAUGAACAAUUUAUUGGGUAAUGUGUAUUUUCUAUGAAGUCACAUUCGUACGACCAAGGUGACCCACACAGCUCCCAGAACUUGUUAAUGAUAAAUUUUAAGUAAUAUUUAACCUAUAAUAUGGUCAGAAAGAUUGAAAAAGAUGUUUUGAUGACUAAAUAUAGAAAUUUUAAGUUUACUGUUGCCAUGUUCAAAACAGAUUAGGGCAGGUGAGACUCGAAGAAAGUGGUUUACCCAAGGCAACCUCAGAGCAAGUUUGUAGCAUAGGUGAAAUUUGAGUUAGGCACUUCCUGGCUCACAGCUUGAUCUCUUAACCACUCCUCUCUAACCUAGUUACAGCAGGGGCAGAACCCACACCUUCUGAAGUUUCCAUUUCUACUUAACUUUUAAAGGCUUAGCAACUCUGUCAUGUAUUUAAUUGAAUCAUAGCAAACAUACUGGCACCACCAGUUAAGACCAGCUGAGAUCAUUCACUAUCUGUUGAUUUUGCUGUAAAGAGCAAAAAGAAAUGGGCAGAGAAAUGAAUCAGGAUUGUUAAGCAAGACCUCACCACUUGCGGAAGGUGAACUGGGGCAAUGAUCUGAAGCCCAAGAGCAGAGAUGUGAUGUUUUCACAUGCACCUUGGAUUACAUUUGUAGCUAACACAAAUAACAAAAAAAAUGUUUUGUACAGAUGUACAGUACUAUUUAAAAUACAGUUUUGUAGCCUGAAUCAUAUCCAGGUGAUGGCCAUUUCAUUCCAACAGGCCUUUAGGAACUGACUGUUUUUAAGGAAAGGGCUGGUGUUGUGAUGUUUUUCUUGUUACUAUCUUGGUUUUUAAUUGAUCAUUUUAUAUCAUUUUAAUUCUGUUAGCAUCUAAUUACUUUUUAAUGAUUCUCUUUUCUGUUUUAUCUGUGUUUUUGUAUUUUUAUCUGUUAGCCACCUUGAGUUCCAGGCUGCAAAAAGGCAGAAUAUACAUUAAUAUAAGGACUAUGAUGAUAAUAUCGGUAGCCUGUGAUGUAACAAGAAAUAUCAAAUGAAUAUUCCCUUUAAUGCUCUCACAUCACCAACAUAUAAACAAGGCUUGUUUCUGUUAGCUAUUUGUGAUUUUUUAUAAAAAUGUAUGCCUUACACAAAUAGUUGAAAAUAAAUCUUACUUGUCGGGCUGGCAACAUUUGAACAAGUAGUAUUAUGUACAAACUGCUCCAGACAGCAUUUGAAUGAAGUCCCCACACCCUCUCACCUUCAUAGUCAAGGUGGAACUGAAUAACCAAGCAACUCCCAACUGUCAACUGCCUGUUUCCAACUGCCACCUUAUUUCCACAAUAUCAUUUAUUCAAUGUGAAAUACAUUUCCAUUGAAAUUGCAUUACAGAUACUAACAGUUUCUAGGGUUGCAAAGCGACCAGAAAAUGGGGUUGCUUCUGUUGUUAUUCCUCCCCCACCUCCAAUUUUGUUUUGCUUUUUUCAUUUUAUUUUCACUUCACAGUGAAGUUACUGCUUUUGUCCUCCCUGUCUCUGCCUCUGAAUUAGUUUUAGGCUCCACACCCAGCCUCUGUCUAGCUAUCAGAAUUGUUUAUUUCAAGACUAAGGCUGCAACCAUAUGCACACUUACCUAGUGUUAACUCCCAUUUAAUUAAAUGGGGCUUGCUUCUAAGUAGGUAACACAGGACUGUAGUUCGUUUCCUUUCCAGAGAAGCCAUAGCAGAUCAAAGUCAUCCAGUUAGUGUUCCCUGGCUGCAUAAUACUCUUUCCCAGCAUUAUUAUUCAGCAAUGGAAUUUACAACAACAACCACAACUAUUAUUUUAUUAUUUAUACCCUACCGAUCUGGCUAGGUUUUCCCAGCCACUGUGGGCAGCUUACAGCAUAUCUAAAAACAUAUUUUUUUUAAAUCAAGCAUUAAAAACCUCCCAAUACAGGGCUGCCUUCAUUUCUCUUCUAAAAGUUGUGUAAUUCCUUAUCUCCUUGACAUCUGAAGGGAGGGCAUUCCACAGGGAGGGCGCCACUACUGAGAAGGCCCUCUGCCUGUUUCCAAUAGGAUCCUGAAAGCAAAGGGCUCUAGGUAUAGACAUAGUAAUUCAAUACAAUAUUAAAAUCCAUCUGUAUUAUUUGGAAACAUGAAAAAGAAAAAGGAGGCUACACAGCUGAAAACCUAUUAAAGCAGAGAAAAGGUCUGAAGCACUGAGAAGUAUUAUAUGGUGAAAUAGUAUUAAAUAUAAAGGUAAAGGUACCCCUGCCUGUACGGGCCAGUCGUGACCGACUCUGGGGUUGUGCGCCCAUCUCGCUUAAGAGGCCGGGGGCCAGCGCUGUCCGGAGACACUUCUGGGUCACGUGGCCAGCGUGACGAAGCUGCUCUGGCGAGCCAGCACCAGCGCAGCGCACGGAAACGCCGUUACCUUCCCGCUAUAAAGCGGUACCUAUUUACAGUGGUGCCUCGCAAGACGAAAUUAAUUCGUUCUGCGAGUUUUUUCAUCUUGCGAAGCACGGUUUCCAUUUUUUCAAAAAAAUCUUCAAAAACCUCAAAAAAGGCUACCACACCGUGUGCUAUGAGUUGCUCCUCGAAGUCAAGUCGCAACUGCACCUCUUCAAGCAAUGCACCCUGUAUUACUGUAACGGUUUUAAGAAAAAGGAAACAAACUUGCAAGACGUUUCCGUCUUGCGAAGCAAGCCCAUAGGGAAAUUCGUCUCGUGAAGCAACUCAAAAAACGAAAAACUCUUUCGUCUUGCGAGUUUUUCGUCUUGCGAGACAUUCGUCUUGUGAGGUACCACUGUAUCUACUUGCACCUAAGAGUGCUUUCGAACUGCUAGGUGGGCAGGAGCUGGGACCGAACGACGGGAGCUCACCCCGCCGCGGGGAUUCGAACCGCCGACCAUGCGGCAAGUCCUAGGCACUGAGGUUUUACCCACAGCGCCACCCGCAUCCCUGUAUUAAAUAUAUGCAUGCACAAAAUCAAAACAAACUUUCUAGGACAUCCAUUUUAAAAACAACAACCAUAUGUAUACUUUUCUGGGCACAUAACAUAAAAUUUGACACAUGCUACAGGCACACAAGGUCUACCCAUUCCAAUGAAAUGUGUCUAUAGCUUGCACUUCAUUCACCACAAGGUGGCACAGAAACACAAACAGAAUCACUUCAGAGUACUGGAAUUCCACCAGGUGUCAACCGAGCGAAAACAAGAAUGACUUUUUGACCAAAUACCGGUACUUCUAUGUAACUGAAGUCCUAAACUUUUGCAGUCUAUUCAUAAGCAUGUGUACUCAGCAAUGAGCACUACCAAGAGUUCAGUGAAACUUACUUCCUGGCAUGUAUGCUUAGAACUGCAGCUCUAAAGUACUUGGUUACUUGUGAGUAACUUCCUCAUGAAAUGCUGAGUUCAGCUCAAAGCCAUGCUGCAAUCUGAGCUGCAAUUCUGAGACAAGAAGUUUCAGCAGAAAUGCAUAUGCUCAAAAUAAAAUAUGUGAACUAUAUUUAUAAACUCAGGAAAUGAUGAGUUCAUCUGGCCUUUAGAAGUGCAACGAGAAGCAAAUAAUUUGUGAACAAAAUGCUAGAACUUUUGAAUAGCUAAUAUACAUUCUGUGAAUUCACCAAAAACCAUGUACUUGUACCUUUUGACUAAAAGCUUUGCUUGCAAAAUACCUGAAGAGGCCAGUGACAAGUAGGAUUGUGAGUGAAAGCAGUGCUCUAUUAUCCCAUUAAUGGUUUGAAGGCUGUGAUCCUGUACACACUUGCCAGGAAUUAAAUCUCAUUUAACUCAAAGAGGGCUUGUUUCUGAGCAGAUGCAUAUAAUAGAAACCAACCAAAGUGAAUCCACCCUUGUUUUUCAUGCAGCAUAUCUUUGUCAAACAAAUUAAUAAAAUUGUAUCAAAUCAAUUGACCUGUAGCCAAUACAGCAUUUUUUUAAAAGAUGGCACAAGGCAGAUAAAUUCUAACAACAGCAAUGCAAAUCACAGGCGAUUGGGCUUUAAUAGCAUAGGUCUCAAUAAGAAAACCACCUCGGGGGCUUUUAAGAAAGCUGUCUUAAUAUAGGAAACCUGCUAAUAUUUGCAAGUAAAUUUUAGAUGUCCAGGCCCUUAGCAUAGAUUUCCAAGCGUAUCUUCUUUUUCAAAAAAUCUAGAACUAAAUGCAAAGCAAAGCAGACCAACCUCCCCAACUGCGGAGAUUUCUGCCUCCCUCUGAAAAGAUGCUAAUUCCGUCCCUGCUCCCAUUUAGUGUUAUUCCUGGUAUGCCGUGGUAUUUUUUUAAAACAAUAAUUUCGCUUCUUUGUAAUGCAGGUUGCCCUGCAGAGCCAUUGCAAGACAGUUGCCCCCAUCACUACCUAGCAUCACUACCUAUGAGGUUUCUAAGCUGGGCUCGGCUGUUUGGAGGAGCUCUAACCGGUAAGCCCCCUUCUCCUCUGACCAUUUCUUGCUUCCACAGCCUAGGAAAGCAAUGCAUUCCUCUUCUUACGGCCGUAAACUGCUGCUCUCGCUGCAAAGGCAGCUUUCAUUGCACUCGAAAGGGAAGGCGGCUGCCUUGCACGCAGCCGAGCGCGCCGCUCUGCCUCUGUUACACCUACUGUAUAAGGGGAGAAGCGCCGCGCCUGCGCGCUGGGGUUGUUUUUCACAAAGCUCCUUAAAGCGAGCAGGCAACGACCAGUCGCCUGUCUUUGUAAGGAGACCACAGAGCCGGAGAGCAGCUGUGCGCGGCGUCUCGCCUUGCCUACUUUUUAAGCAACACCGAUGAAGUGCUCGUAGGGAACACGCUGAUCCUGCCCGCAGCCUUUUUCGCAGGGCAGAGGAGCUGAUCAGUGUGUCAGGCGGAGAUCGCAUUUUUAUAUGAGAUCUUGACUUUUUUCUCUCUUCCCCCUCCUUUUUUCUUACAGUAUAUUUUUAUAGACUUUUGUUAUAUUGAAAAACAAAAAACUCAACAUGGUGCUGGGGAAGGUGAAGAGUUUGACAAUAAGCUUUGACUGUCUUAAUGACAGCAACGUCCCCGUCUAUUCUAGCGGGGAUACAGUCUCAGGAAGGGUGAAUUUAGAAGUGACUGGGGAAAUUAGAGUCAAAUCGCUUAAAAUCCAUGCAAGAGGACAUGCAAAAGUACGCUGGACUGAAUCUAGAAAUGCUGGAUCCAACACUGCCUACACACAGAAUUACACUGAAGAAGUAGAAUAUUUUAACCAUAAAGAUAUCUUAAUUGGACACGAAAGAGGUAAGUCUGAAUUUUUAACUGAUUACUCUAAAAUGACGGGUUGUUUGGGGGGGGGUUUUCUAUCGGAAGGCAAAUUUCUUUUGAUCACUGCAGUCUGAUCCUAGCACGCUUACUCAGAAGUAAACCCCACUGAAUGCAAUGGAACUUGCUCUCAUGUAAGUGUUUAGGAGCACCGCGUCAGAUGCAUAGCUAUUUAAAGCCAUAGAAUGUGUAAGGAAGCAAAUAGGGUGACCCCCCCAAGAUCUCGGUGCAUCUAUAAAGUGGCUCCAGAUAAGACUUUUCUCCAACUCUAGCCUGCUCUUUAAGAGACCCUAUCCACUUCAUAAUUAAAAAGAAAUUGAAUGUGGGGUGGGGGAUUUUGCAUCAACCUACCGAAACCUAAAUGAUCCCCAACAAAUUGUUUUGCUAAUGCCACCAGUUCGGGGUUUCGAGCUGGCAAGUGAUGUCGCCUUCAGGAUGGAGAAUUGUUAGCAAGAGAAAGGGUUCCCUGCGGUUUAUUUUGACACUUGCUUUCAGCACCCCACGUGUAGGUCCACGUUCCCUUUCCCUUAAGCUCGGAAAAGUUGGGAAAUCAGCCUUGUUCUUUUAGAACGCUUCUGCCAACGAGCCAUAUGUAAAAGCUAUGUUGGGGGUGGGUGGAGAACCCUCAUGUAGGCGAAUCCAUUAUAGAAUUAGGGCAUCAUUUCGAAGUUGGGGACUUCUGCAGUCCAUCCUAUGGGCUGUGUCAUUGCGAAGAAUUCUACAAUUUGAGAGCCGCAUUGAUUUGGAAAACGAGGAUCAACCUCGUCGAGGGGUUAAAUGGUCUUCGCAUUGUUAAUCUAUUGUUCCAAAUGGCAUCAGUGUGCAAGUAUAGGAGACUCUAAGGUUGUUUUUCUGAAGUUUCCACCCUUUGUUAGAAGCGGUUCAAUCCUGUUUGGGACCAGUACUGAAGAGAAGGGAGGGGGUGCUCCUUCUCCUCACAGCAGAUUGGUUCUACGCGUCAGGUGGUGGCGAUGACUUAAUUCCUAGCACAAGAAAAUGUUAAAACUGGUUAUGUAAUUUUUCCUUGCGCUUUCUCUUAUAUGUAUAUAUAUACACACACAUAUAUAUGCAGUAGAUUUGCUGGUGCGGACACGAGAAUUUUGUAGAAGGCUCAGAUCGAGUGUCGUGCUUUUGUUUUUUAAUGCACUAGGAAGUUGCACAGUAUAUAUUGCAUUGCACGCAAAGGAUGGGCGGGUGAAACGUAUUAAUCAGGGAAGUGGAAGAAUUUUAUGCAGUCUUAAAACUGCAUACCCUUUGAUUCAGCUGGUGUGCAAAAGUGCAUAGCUUACCCCCGGCACUGUGAAUCUUAAAAGGCUGCUGCUCCGUAACAGAUAUGCAAAAGGGGCAAAAGCAUCCAAGCCACGCAUGCACAAAUAACCAAUGCAGCUUUUUAAGAUGGGCUGCAAGUGAAAUAAGAGAGUCUUUUCAGUGCCUUUUUCCAGAAAGCAGAACUGAGCUUGCACCUGUUAAUGCCGUAGCUGCGUCCUAGGACCCCAACCACCCGUGAGUGUGUGUGCUUGUGUGUCUUUAUAAUGGCAGAAACCUAAGCUUUCGAGUAUCUGAACCUAGGGGGAGGACCUUGGCUGAGCACGUUCACCCUUCUCCCCCGUGCCGCCAAAGGCAGCGAGUGGCCUGCUUGGCUGGUGAGCCCCGCGCCCUCUGCCCUCUCCCCUCUCGCGCCAGCACCAAGGCAAGCUGGCCGAGGGAGUUUCAAUGACUUAGCCGCGGAAGGCAGAAACCCUGCUCAGCCUAGCGUGCUCGCGAAGGAAGCCCCGCCCAGCACCCGCACCGUCAUUGGCCCGCCGGGGUUUGUUAGCCUGUUGCUAAGGUAAUGCCUGGUCUUGAUUGGGAGGCGGGUGAGCCCGAGAGGGCGGGGGGAGGGAGGAGCGGCGAGAGGAGGCGGGGCUCUCGUUUCCGGAUCUCGCCAGUGUCUUGCAAGGCGGGCGGCUGCGCGGACGGGCUUUCGGGUGCCUGGUCUUCUCGGUCGCGGGUUGUCCGCUACGGGCUCCCCUUUGUCCCGCCGCAGCUGCUUUGUGUGCGGCCCUGGAGCGCUUGACUUAGGUGGCAGGCACGUGUGGAAGUGCAUACACGCGCCCUGCACUGCAAGGGCCAGUUGUUGUAAGGGGCGCCUUUGCUCGCUCGCACCUGCUGCUGUUGCACCUCGCGAGACGGGCCCCGGGCUUCUCCAGUGCAUUUUGUGUGUUGGUGAAAGUUGCAUACUGAAGCCUUCUCUCCCCCCCCCCCCGCAGUUAAGUUCAGACCCAUUAAAACAAUGGGGGGGCCCGCUCCCGGAUUCUCUAGCGGGAUCUUUCCUAGUCCCUCGGGUGCAUAAAAGGGCGCAUCGGAUUGCGGGCCGACCUAUCUGCAAGGCUCCUUGUUGCCACGUCUUAGCCGCGGAUGCUUGGAAAUGGGGGGGGGGGGUCUUGAACAUGUGGAUUCCAUCAGCGUCGGGAUGUGGAUGUGCGCGCCGUCACGUACAACCAAAGUCCACUCUUGUCCACAAAUCAGCAUUGGCGAGGUCAAACCCAGUGAACAUGGCCGAAUAUUUCGUGUGUGUAUGUGUAACAAGUUAUGACAUCAACAGCAAGCCUUGCUCAAAUGCCAUGCCAGUUGGGGUUGGGCCUCUAAAUGCAGCCAUUGGAAGCCUGCGGGAAUUGGCAAUCAAUCUCCACCCUACAUGCAUAUAUCUGCUGGAGAAAUAUAAUGUUGGCUGGGUGCAGCCUUAAACCGCGCAGAACCGGGAUUCCCCCCAAGAAACACAAUAACAAAAGAUGUCCCUUACAGGGGAGCUAGAUCGUUGGUCCACUUAGCUCGGUAUCGCAGGCACUGGCGGGCAGCAGCCUUCCCCAGCGAUUGAACGUGUGCAACCGUGUCUAUGCAAAGCACGUGUUCUGCCAGUUCUACCCUGAAUGUGCAGGUGCCCGGGUUAGCACCCGUGUCACCCAAAAAAGCUGCGGACCUAAAAUGGGAGACGGAUUCCUUAUUCUAAAGAUAAUCAUUCUCCCCCCCCCCCCCCAAAUUACAGAAUUUCCCCCUACAGGGCAACGCAAGCAGCUUUCCUUUAUUUCAGGCAAAGGUAUAUUUGCAAGGGGGGUGCGCGUGCCUUGGAUCCCCACGUCCCGCUUAACUGCAGCCUUUGCGUUUAGCAGACCUAACAGUUCCCUGGAUGCAGCUUUGCAGAAGCGAACCCCGUUUUCUCUCCCCCCCCCUCAGCCCCCCCCAUCUUUUGCAUUUUGCUUUAAUUGCGGCGAAGCGGCCGCUGCCUUUUGUCACGUUUCCACCGGUUACCCGGAAAGGGCAUUGCUGAGCCACGCCAUGCCAUGCCAAGCAUCAGGGACCGGAAGCCGAAGAAGGGAAAGAAGCGGCUGUUCUUCUCUCCCUCUCCCUCCCUUCCCCCCUCCCCCUUCCAUGACGCCUACAGCGAAGCAAGUUCGGUUGAGGGGUGCGGAGCCGCUGAGCAAAUAGGCUGGCUCGGGAAGCGCAAUGUAUACUGUAUGCAUAUGAGCGGCUGGCUGGCUGGGACUCUGCUCGCACCGGUUUAGGCCGGUCCUCUCCUGCUUGAGUCUAGUCUGUGAUUGACAGCUCAGCACUUGUUUACCACAGCUCGGCUGCUGCUGCUCUUCUUGCUGAGGCUGAAGGGAAACUGCUGAGCUGGCAGAAAGGGGGGGCGGGAGAAGGAAAAGGGGAAAGAUUCUAAAAACAAAAACCCCAGUGGAAAAAAAUUAACAGAUAUAUAUAUAUUUAAAAACCACGUACACUAACACGAAUCACACGAAAGCUUUUCUUUCAGGAAAAACACACAAUUAUAAUAACCCACUACAUUCUGUAGACGCCAGGGAGUUUUAACUUGCAUUUAGAUUUAGUACAUUUAGUACGCUUUGCCUGUACGUAAUGGCAUUCUUAGUUCCUUUACGGUUCUCUCUGUAUAAUAAUCUUUUGAGCCUGGAGGGUGUGGGCAGGCAAGCAAGCUGUCCUUUGUCAUGCAAUGACUUUUGUGCCCCCCCCCCCCGCCCGUGAAUUUCAAGGGCACCAGUCAGAAGGCAUGGCUAACUGAUUUGCACCUUUAGAUUCGGUGCUUGAUCACCCUUUUCAUAUAUUGCCACAAACCUUAACAAUAUAGCCUUAACCCGAAUUUCCCUCUCCACGUCUUGAGAGAUAUGCAGCCCUUUUUCUAGUUUUGUAGGAAUUUCAACCGAGCCUUCCUUGAUAUUUAAGGUAUCCAGGAAUUCAAAGGGCAAGGAAGGUCACCUUUAAAACGAACAUUGCCUUCUCCUGCCUCUGUACUUCAUCUCCUCAGCUAGAUUCAGUCCAAAAGCAGCUUUUGAGUUAUUUCCGAUUAAUGUGUGGUAUUGUCGAUGUCAAUUUCUGACACUUUCAAGGUGUCCUUAAAAGGACGAAGAAAGUUUUAUGUUCGAAUGGGUUUCAGUAAAAACCCUUAUUCUCAAAAUGCCUUACUUGGAAAUAAUUAUAUUGACUUUGACCGGACAAUAAGCUAAAUACAGUACUUGGUAUUAAAUCAGUACUAUUAUUUUUAAUAUUGCUGUUAAGCAUUCAUCAGUAAGCAAUAAAUGUAGCAGGCACAUUGGUGCAUAGUAGAUUAAAUACAACCUUAACCUGCAAGGAGCUUGCAGCCUGAAUUCAGACACAGGGGAAGAUAAGAAAAGUUAGCAGGGAUGAAUAUUGCUGAAAUAAAAGUAGCUGCUGAAUUUAAAUACAUUCAAAGAAUUGUUAUUAAUAUAACAAUUUGAAACUAAAAUUCAUAUUGGGAAUUAAUCACAGACCAGUUACUAUAAUAGAAAGCUAUUCAGGUCAAUGGAACAACAAAACUGAGGGUGAUGUUUACAGUUUUGCCCCUCCCCACUAAUAAUGCUUACACUGAUUCCUCUCUGUGCAAAUCCUGUAUAAUAUAUUAAGAUAUGUGUACAAUAUUUACAGGUGGAAUAGCAUAUUGGGUUUUUCCCUCCUAGAUGAUGACAAUUCUGAAGAAGGCCUCCACAUCAUUCAUUCAGGACGGCACGAAUAUGCAUUCAGCUUUGAGCUUCCACAGACGUAAGUAUAUGUGCUACUUGGGUUGUGUCAGAGACUGGCAAAGAGCAUACUGGCAGCAAAUCAAUAGUCCUAAAACUCAUAGGUUGAGAUGGGGCAGAGGGAAGAAAAAACCCUUUUCAAUGGUCAUGGAGAUUGCACUACAAAAUGCUGCAAGGGCAUUGUCCUGAUCGAUUAUUAAGAGACUGCUUUAAUUCAUAAUAGGAAAAUAAUGGGGAAAAACUGGACCAACUAUUGCCCUUUGGUCAGUAAUCCCCUUUUAAAUCCUAUUCCCCACCCAAGAUACUCUAUUUGCUCAGCUCAUGACCUAGUUGGUUUGCUACAAAUGGGAUAAACGAUUGAUCACUGGUCCUUUUAGAGCUGCUGGCAUGACUUCCACGUCAAAUUAAGGGUGUACAGAACUGUAUAGCUUGUUGUUUCAGUUGAACAUGUUGAAACAUAACAGCCAGGAAGACAUAAAUCAGAACAAAGCAGGAUAAAAUAUGAGUGUUGAGGAAUUGUUCAAUGAAGGCAGUGGCUCGGCGUUUGUAAGAUAGUGAUUAUAUAAAGAAAGCUAGAAUUAGAGGAAUAGGAGAUAUAGGUCAAAGGAAGGCAAUGGCAAAGGAAUUAGUAGCAUUAAAGUGUUUUAAAAAUAGGAAAUUAGGAGGAAGGUCUGAAAAUACAUUGUAAGAUUAUGAGUUCAAAUACUAGAAGAGAGGAGGAGGGGAGUGAUAUAUAUGCACAUCAGGGCUUAAACAUUAUGAGAUUAUAGACAGAUAUACAUAGAAAGUGACUGGAGGAAACCAGGAAGGAUGGAAGGCUGAGAGAAGGAGAUUUUCAUAAAGGAAACUGGAAUAAUAACCAUGUUUGUAAGCCUUGCAGCAAAAUGAUGCAGUCACUGCUUUCGUGUUGCAUAUUGAAAGCUCACGCAGAGCCUUCUUUUGAGUGUCUGCAGUUUUCUAGCCUAUGUGGCAUUUGCAGGUUCUCAGUAUCCUAUGGGGUUCCUUUCCAAAGAUGCAAUGUGACAAAAUUUAGUUACUCCAGUCUGAAGGCUACUUUUAAAAAGUACGUUUUUGGAGUAUAAUUAAUGUACAAGGCAAUAAAUGUGUUAAUUGAUGAAACUUAUAAGGGGAAAAGGAUCUGUAGGAAAUUCUCAGACAGAACUACUUGCGCAGGGCAACCUGUAGAAAUGUACCCUGCAAACUUAGAUGAGAAAAGGUUAGCUGACCUCAUUGUAGGUCGCAGAACUGGCAGGAGAAUAACGAUGAGACACCAAAGCCAUCAACUCUAAUAGUUGUGAUUGUUUUUUAAUGAGCCUGUUUCUUAGUAGCAUAGAUAAGAGUAUAUUAGCUGAAAAUAAUGUAUAAUUUUAUAAUUUUAAUUCUGCUAUUCUAGGUGCAUUCUUAAUACCAAGAAAUUUAAUGAUGUCAUUCUGGCUCUAACAGAUUUCCUGUAUGCCUCCAUUAAAGUUUCAGAGUAUACAGAUGGAUGCUGUUUUUCCCCUGGAAGUUCUGAAAAACAGCUUUUCAAAUACAAGCAUAAAGUGGUUAAAUAAAAUAAUUUCGUAUCUUCUCAUGCCUGAGAACAUACCUGUAACUAUUAAGGAACAGCCAAGCACUACAGGAACUGAAGGAGCAUCUCCUACAUUCAUUGACUCUGACCUUGAAAAACAUAUAUGAACUGAAAUACUUACUGACUUUAAUACAGUAGAGGUUUGGGUCUUUCUGGAAGUCAACUAUUUCAAAGCAGUUUGUUGGCCUCAUUUAGCUACUGCCUGUAUAACCUACUCCCUAGAUUUAAAAAGUGAUUCCUUGUGAGAAUAAAGAAACAUCACCUGGUCCCAAAUGAGGUUAAGGUGGAACACUUGGAUUUAAAUUUGUUGUGCUCCAAUUCAACUGGAGUAAGUUGUGUUUAUCCAAGUACUUCAGCUUAACUAGGUUGUGGGUUGGAUUAAUGUUUCCUUGUAGCAUUCUACAGUGCAAUUUCUGUACAAAUAUGGUUGUAUUCUGUAUAUCUGCUCAGCAAUUAAUCUUAACUACAGAGAUAUUUCUCCCAAACUAAUUGAACAUCAAAAUCCUACAAAUUAUCCUUAAUUACAUACUAUGAUGCAUUAACAGUACAGUACAACUUAUUAUUACCCACUGUAUACUUAAGCUAGACAACAACAGAAAUAAAGACUCAUUCAGCUUUGACCUUUGUGUCCUGAACAGACCACUUGCUACCUCAUUUGAAGGCAGACAUGGCAGUGUGCGCUAUUGGGUGAAAGCAGAAUUGCACAGGCCUUGGCUUCUACCAGUAAAAUUAAAGAAGGAAUUUACAGUCUUUGAACAUAUAGAUAUCAACACUCCUUCAUUACUGGUAAGAAUUGACAGAAUUACUCAUUCUUUGUUUUUGGCAUAAAAAACAGCAACACAUGGUCCAUGAAAUAUCAAAACGUGUAACAAUAAUUGUUAAGUACAGUGAAAUACUUUAAAGUAUAAGACUAUAAUGACCCAGUAAGUGGUAACAUUGUUAUAAUAAUUUAAUCAAGUAUUUUUAAGCUGCUUGUUUUUAAAGUAAUGUAUUUUAACUGUUCUAAUAAAAAUUAACUGCUAUAUGGAACAGUUGUAUUUCUGCAAGAAACUUCAGCUUGAGAAUGUUGCAGCUUGAUCAAGCAAUGUAAAAAAAACCAAACCAAUUGUACUGCCGUGCAUUAUUCAUUAUUCUACUACUGAUAAUUUACCUAUCAAAUGGGGAGAAAUGAUCAUACUUCUGUAUGUUAUCAUAAAAUCUUAUUUUGAUAAAUGUUUUGACAUUUUAAUAAGAUUAUUUCAAUCUGACCUGAACUAUUUUAUUAUCUCCUGGAUUUUAAUUAAAUAUGUGAAAAUGGAACACGUAAAGAAAAGUCCAUUGAAACAGGGUUCUUUUUGCUUAUGGCUGAAAAGUCAUUUUAUCUGGGAGGACAUAGGACUGUAUCUAAAACCCACCAAAAUCAACAUGAAUAUUUCUAUAGAUUUUUGUGGGUUUGGACAAGGAAUUGUUUUCAUAUGGGGUGGGGGAACAAGAAUAUAAUUACCUUUGUGUACCUUCCUGUCAAGAAAUGAAUGUUGGUGUCCGAAAUAAAGGGUGAUGUGAGAUAUCACUUCAUGCAAUAAAUGUUCAGAAGGCAACACUAUUAAAUGUUCUGAGAAUUUCAGACUUAAGGCAUGCAUACCUGGAAGUAAUUCAUACUGAAAUUGGGAAAGCUUUUGGAAUUCGGGUAUAUGGCUUCAGUCAAUUUGGGCUUAUUACAAUAGGUUUUAAAAAAUGGUCAUUCUAAACACAUAUACUUAGAAUGUCUAUCUGGCUUAUAUUCUAAGAUCAUGAACCAAAAUUUACUUAUUUGAAAGUAAGCUUCAUUUCAUACAGUAAGUUCAUUUAUAGAUAUUUGGUAAGCAUUACAACCAUUUAACAUGCCUGCAUGCAUGCUUGAGUGGAAGGAAGUCUCAAUUAACUGAGUUAAGUGAAGCUUAUUUCCAGGUGUGCAUAAAAUCUGGCUUUAAGUUCAUUUAGACUUUGAGCCUUAGCAAAUGUGUUGAUGGAUACUUAAAAUACUUGGGGCACCUGUCCAUAACAUAAAUGCAUAGAGUGCCUCUGGGCAUAUUAAGAUGUCAAGGGGCUGGGGGAAUCUUAUCAUCACUGCACUUUGCAGUGUACUCAGCCACCCUGUCUUAAAAGUUGUUUCUAAAAAUAUGUAUUUUAAAAGGUGAGGUGGGGGAGAACGAAACAGUGCAAAAGACCUGGUGCUUACCUCUGGGCCUAAACCUGAGGUUUAAGAACAAGAACUUGAGAGCAUAAUUGCAUUGUGGAUCUGGCUUUAAGAUGCAGUCUGUUGCAUUUUUUUCAUAUUUAGAUUGCACUCUGAAGUAUAUUUACUUGGCAGCAAAUCUCACUUAAACCAGUGUCCAAAUAAGCAUGGUUACGAUCAUCCUUAUUAUAUUCAUCAGGAUUAAUGUAGAAACCUAUGAAGCUGCCGUAUACCAAAGCAGUACAUUAGUCCAAGUAUUGUCUAUACUGGGGGUGGGGAACCUCCAGAUAUUGUUGAACUCCAGCCCCAUCAGCCCCAGCCAGCAUGACCCAACAAUCAGGGAUGAUGGGAGUUGUAGUUGAACAUCAUCUGAAGGGCCACUCACUGGUCUGUGAACUGCAGCUCCCCAACCAAGGUUUCAGACAGACAUUCCCCGCCCCCCCAGUCCUACUUGAAUAUAUCUGGCAUUAAGACUUUUAAUGUAUAUUACAUACUCUACCAUUAAACUUAGCUGGUACACUUAGUCUUAAGUGCAAGUAUACUGAUUUAAGGAGUGAGAAAAUGGAUAGGUGUUUUUUCUUUUUUGUAUUUUCCUGUGAACCCAUUUCCAACAAUGUUGGAAGCAGAUUUAAUGGAAGCUCGCCUACUUUACCCACACAGUUAGUUUGCUCAUGUAAUGGGUAAGGGAGACAAGGAAUCAUUGUUCUGUGACAUUUGGACACUUCCAGACAUUAGCUUUCUUCUGCAGUUGUAAUGAUAACAGGCACAUUGACAUGAUAGCCAGACAGGUGUCAAUUCUGCCCAAAAUUGUGUUGAUCAUUGCUCGUCCAGAUGCACUAGCAAAAUCAGCAUGUGAGGGAACAGCAACCUUUGUGCAAAAACUGCAACUAUAUGUUCAAACCCUCAUGAUAACAGAUACCACUUUAAUAGGGUAUUCUGUUUCAUAUAUGGGUUUGUAGUUAACCUUUGCUGAAAAGCUGCUGUCUGGAAGCAACCCUGCGAAUAUACAGAGCUGUAUUAUUUCCACUGAGCUAAAAAUGUAAAUGUUUAAUAUCUUCAUUCUGUUUUUCUUUCAGUCACCCCAAGCAGGCACAAAAGAAAAGACUCUCUGUUGCUGGUUUUGUACCUCAGGCCCAAUAUCCUUAAGUGCCAAAAUCGAAAGGAAGGGCUAUACCCCAGGUAUGUAACAUGAGUUCUUUUUGAAAUGGGUGUAUGUGGCUUUCUGAGUGGGCUUCCUGGAUUCAGCAAAACAGAAUGUCCUACCAACUGGUGCAUACAUUAGUUUUGCAUCUUUACUGUCUAGGGGUGUAAUUCAGAUCAUUUGCAACCAGUUUGUUUUUCCAUUUAUUUGAAUGGGAUGGAGGAUGUACAUGCUCCCAUAAUCUUGUUGGGGUUGAUCCUAGAACUCUUCCCAUUGAACUGUUGAAUGUUCUUAGCAUUGCUAGACUAAGCAAGAAUAGUAUUACCAGCUGUAAUGUUUGAAUUUUAAGUUGAGUUGUCUUCCUUUCAUCUAAUGCAUCUGUUCUCUGUUUCAUUGAAGGUGAAUCAAUUCAGAUCUUCGCAGAGAUUGAGAACUGUUCCUCCCGGAUGGUGGUGCCAAAAGCUGCCAUUUAUCAAACACAGGCAUUCUAUGCGAAAGGGAAAAUGAAGGAAGUAAAGCAGCUUGUUGCCAACUUGCGUGGGGAAUCCCUGUCGUCGGGGAAGACAGAAACCUGGAAUGGCAAGCAGUUAAAAAUUCCACCCGUCUCUCCCUCUAUCCUUGAUUGCAGUAUAAUCCGCGUGGAAUAUUCUCUAAUGGUAGGAACUUAAUGUAACCUUUAGAUAUUCAAUGCUCUAAUACAAAUAUUCAUGGUGGAUGUAUAGUUUCAGCUUUUCAUAAAUUUGUGUUGCUUAUCUUCUAGGUAUACGUGGAUAUUCCAGGUGCAAUGGACUUAUUUCUUAAUUUACCACUUGUCAUUGGUACUAUCCCUUUACACCCGUUUGGCAGCCGAACUUCAAGUGUGAGCAGCCAGUGUAGCAUGAACAUGAAUUGGCUUGGUCUGACACUGCCUGAAAGACCAGAAGGUAAUUUGACCACAUAGAUUCUAUAUUGUUCAUUGGUGUAUUCUUACGUGAGCACUUUAUUCUCUUAGUAUCUUAUUAAUACAAACUUUGAUAAUCCUGUUGCACGCUGGUGGAAUUAUCUGCUAGGAAUCACCAUGGUAUCAUUCUGACAGCAGGAAACUCAGGCCUGUUCUCCCCUGGAAAAAAAUUUUUAGGGCUGAGCUACCAUAACGUCUGUUGAAUUGUACUAAUUUAGAAGAGGCUUACAAUCAACAGAUAUGAAAGAUACCAACACUGUUUCUUUUUUUUGGCCUUCUUGAUCUGUAGUCUCCAAGGCUUCUUGUAGAUAAAAGCUUAAUUCCUUGAAUUAUGUUAUCCCUUCUUGGUAUUUCUCACCUAACAUUCAAGAGGUGACAAUGUCUCGCUAGCUUCCUCCUCUGAGUUUGCACAAAAACAGUUUGAGCAUGCAUGUAGUUUCCUGUGCAUGAUGCUAAACCUGCUUUAGCAUUCAGUCAUAAGUUUACCAAAACUGUCCAAUAAAAUUAGAGCAAACAGACCAGCUGUUGAGCCUUUCUUAUAUCUACCUUGUGCAAAUCACAAUAACUAAAGUUUAAUAUAUUUGUCAUGUUAUAUAUCUUGACAUGCAUAAGAACGUUGUUCGAACUGCGUGUACUUUUGCCUUCAGCACCUCCUAGCUAUGCAGAAGUGGUCACAGAAGAGCAGAGACAGUCCAGCCUAGCACCUGUAGCUGCUUGCGAUGACUUUGAAAGAGCACUUCAAGGACCAUUAUUCGCCUAUAUCCAGGAGUUCCGAUUUCUGCCUCCUCCACUCUAUUCUGAGGUAAGGUUACAAGUACACAGCGAAAUCUGCAUUCCAUUUUAAAAUAAGACUAUUUUUGCAUGUGCUAUUCUUCCUAGAAUAUCCCCCAAGAUCAUGCAAUCUAUACUUCAUCCUAGGUGGUCUUACUCUGACUAGGCAGUUACUAUGUCUGAAGAGGCGAGGGGACAAGUAGUCGUCCUCCCCAGCCCCAGCUGCUGUGCUUAACCUUCCCAGAGGCUGCUGCUGCUGCUGCUACUUCUCAUGGGUAGGAAGAGCGAGCUUGUCUGCUCCGCUCUCUGGCCCACAGGAGCACCAGGGCGGUGGCGGAGGGAAGAUGAGCAGCAUGAAAGGGCUGGCUCCAGAGAGGGGCUACUUAAAAUGGCACUCAGCCAGUUCAGCCCAGCCCCCUUCCUCCUCUAGGGAGGAGGUGCCACCGCAGUGUGUGGGGGGGAUAGAAUGGUCCGGGGGGGGGGAAAUGGCGCAGCCCAAACAAACAGAAUCCCCGCACCAAUCCACAGACAGUCCGCAGGCCGGAUCCUGAAGGCAAUUGGGCCUGAUCCAGCCCGCGAACCUUAGUUUGCCAACCCCUGCUCAAGACUCAGCUGUUGUGAUUUUAAGUAGUAGGACUCUGUCAUAAUAAUAGAAAAGUAAUGCUUGUUUAAGGACUUGACCAUUAUGUAGCAGCAUAUGAUGAUGUGUACAGUUUUUUAAAAAACUAGUUUAGUUUCCAACUCUGCCCAGUUCGUUGUUUUUUACAACUUGCUCAUCGAGUAUAAAUAAAUGUGAACCAAUGUGUUACAUACAAAAACAGAUACAUGAAAUGUACCUACACUUCAGCCGAUUCAUUCCUCUUUUUAAAAUCAAUAAAAUUAUGUUGCUUUAAAUGCAAGCUACCAAGUUGAUUUUGUAAUUAACUGCUUUAAAUGUUUUCCUCAACUGAAGGAUGACUGUGCACUGGCGCUGUGUUCAGUGUGGAAAGUGUGGAUAGGAUUGCAACAUUAGCAGUCAUGUCAAUUAUAGCUGUGUGUGGCUGUAACUGAGCACAGAGUGGUGUGCAUCUGUUUUAGUUAUGGUGGACUCCCAUAUAGCAUUCUGUGGCUUGAAGUUCUCUGGAUUGGCAUAUUCAAUGAUUGCCAGUAAGAAGGCUCCUGAUAAAAUAAGACACUUGAGUUGACAACUUGUUUUCUCAUUCCUCUUCUGAACAGCCUUCCAGGCUAUUUCAUACAUUGUAAAUGAGAAAGAUGCAUUAACUGCAAACAACAUAGUGCCCUCUAAAAAUGGAUGCCAAACCAAAAUAAAUGUAAAAUAGCAUGGAAAUUCUAAAUGUUUUCAAAUAAAAUAAUCAUUUUUAUCAUCUUUCAUGAUUAAGGCUCCUUUGUUCUAGAAAGGCGGUGUUGCUGUUUUUGUUUUAAAAAGCAACAGCAAAGAAUAAACUUUUUUCUCUCCUUUGCUCAGAUUGAUCCAAACCCAGAUCAGCCCUCAGAUGACAGGCCAUCCUGCCCCUCUCGCUGAAGGAAUGCCUCAUAAGAAGAGUUGACUUGGGUCUGAGAUGUAUUUUCGCCGUGUUGCGGAUAAAGGUGUCCUACGGAGACUACACAUUAAAAGGAAGUUCUUGCAUAAAAGAAAAGGUGAAAUACUGAAACAACCUGUGAUUAUGCUUUUGAAGCCUACAGCAAACAUCAUAGGACUGCUCAUCAUGCUUGAAGAUCUGAGCUUUUCCUCCCUGUUGUAUACUGGCACAUACUAAGAGCAGCCUUAAUAGCCUACACUCUCGUGUCAAAACACUCACCGUGUUGCAAGAGGGACGACAUCCUCUUUUGAUUUGAAAAUUUGCACAUGCUCAAUGCUUAUGUUGUGCGGUUCGGUGUCACUACAGCUUUUUCUCAUUUAUGUUAGACUGUUGUUACCCCCUUCUUAACUUGUUUGUGGUCCGCACAACAAGGAGCAAAAGAAAGCUUUGAAAACUUUACGAUGACAAAUGCACUGACUUUUUUUAUUUAGAAAAACAAACAAUAUAGUCUGGACUUUUCCUGCAUAUGCACAUGCUCAGAAUUGUCCUAAUAAGACUGAUCCAUGUAUCACUUCUUCAGCUUGGAUCCUGCUGUGGAUUUAUUAUAAACAUCAAUGCCUUCAAGCCAAUCCUUGCUGUAUGUUUUGCAGCCUACUGUAGUAGAUAAGCAACAGAUAUGCGGGGGGGAAAUAACCGAAGAAAACCAAUAGGAGUCUUCGUCAAGAUUGUAUACCUUCUUGAUUCCUUUUAAGAAUUUGUUGCCUUUCUACUAUUACCGCAAAGAAGAAUUUUGUUACAGACUGCCUAAAAAUCACUUAAUCUCAGGUGAACUCAUCACUUGCCAAAACGUUGAAAUGCUAUUUGUGUUUUAUGUUGCACUGUUGAAUUUUUUUUCCCUUCCUGUUUUCAUUACUUUUUUGUUUGGUUUGGAAAGGGGGACUUGGAAAAGGGACAUACACAAAGGAGCUCAUCCUCAUUUCUUAUUAUCUUUCCAAAACAUGAGACAUGAUGAAGAAGGGCUUGGUCAAGUUACGGUGGUUUUUUUUAGAUGAGCCACAUAAGUUAGCACCCAACAUUUGUCAGCCAAGAGUUACUGGAGAAAAGUUGUGUAGAAUUCAUAUCAUGUUUCACAUAGGAGUUUCUCGACCAGUGAGAUGGGAUGGGGAAAAUGAAUUUAUUUUUAUACGUAGUUAUCCCAUGACCACAAACUUGUGUAAAAUAUUUGUACUGAACUUUUAGUUGGGAUGGGAGGGAGUCUUUUCUCAAAUGAACAGUGUAUUUUAAAGGAUAGAAAGGGGAUCCUUUUGGAAAAGAUUUCCCAAGGACUGCCACUCUCUCCAAGAGUGAAGAAUUAUACUAGUAAAAUUAGUAACCAGAAUUGCUUUGACUGCAUAAUUCAGAGUGAUGUUCAGCGCAGAUUACAAAGAGUAAACUGGUGGAUGAUGGGUGUGAGAGGCUCUUGACACAAAUGCUAGUGUUUCAGCAUUAAAGAUAUACUUUGACACACAACUGUCCUCUUCAGGAACAAACUCACGACUGAUUAUUAUUAUUUUUACCAAAAGCAGCCUUCCUGAUGUUGAGAUGUACAGUAGUGUGGCUCCUGCAUUAAGGCUCCAUGCUUUAUAACCAUUGUUGAAGCUUCAUGGCAUAACAAACAGGACAGGCUUUUCCAUAAGUGGCCUUUCAGAAAACAUGGACAACAAUUCAUGUUUGAACAAUAACAGGGUGAAAAAAAAACCCCAGUAUAAAAUGAGUCACGUUUUAAGUGAUUCACUUAAAAGAGUUUGGCCUUCAGCAAGCAAACUUCAUAUACUGGGUAAUAAGGAAACUGAGUGAUGGAACUUUUUUAAACAAUCGUGCUAAGCAAUUUUGUGAAUGUCCCUCUUCUACACACAAUUUUGAGAAUAUUUUUGAUGGGAUAGUGACAUAAAAGGGCAUUUGGUGGUUUUCUUCUUCCUUUUUCCUUUGCUGUUUCAACCAACUAGGGAACAAUUGCUGUUAUGCAUAGCAUUACAUUUAUCACAGUAUGAUGGAAAUUUCCAUAUGAAGCAGGAUUGACCAAUAUUGUAGUAAUUGGCAUUGCAUCACAUUAAUUUUGUGAUCAGGUUUAAAGUUGUGAACACUAUUAAAUAAAAAAUGUUUUUACAAAAAAAAAUCCAACACAUGUGGCAUUACUGUUAUUUUGAUUUCAUAAGAUAUUGGUCAAUUUCUGGACAUUGUAAAAUAUGAGGUUCUGAGCUGUAGUCCAGUCUUCAAAAUCUCCCCAAUUUUUUAAAAAAAAAUUGGGGGGAAAUAAAAUCCAAAAUGUUAGAAAAACAAGUGCAAUAUUUAAUGUUUGCUUUAUAGAUUAUAUUCAAUGGCUGUUUGUAUUAUAUAUAUUUUUUUCUUUUUCUUUUCUUUUUCUUUUUGUUUGGUGCUGAAUAUGUCCUUGUAGACUCUUGUUUCAAGACAACAAUAUGUGGAAAAGAACUUAAUUUUUCCUAUUGCUCUUCCUUGUGGAUAAUAAACCUUUUUUUAAAAAAAA